AGCGCAUGCGUCACUUUCCCUGUGUGGAAUAGAGGUGAUCUUCUCCGUUUCCAAAUGAUAACAAAGAUGGCUUCUUCUCGCGGAACCAAAGUCGUGUGGCUGUCAUGAAAGAGCCGCCCUUGCAUCGGGGGAAGGUCGUCGUCACGUGGCCCCCAGAGUCACCGGUCACCACCAGUGUUGUGUGAGCCAGCCAUGAAAUGUGCCUGUUGCUGGAAGGUGUUGGCACCACUCCAAAAGUGUGCCGCUUGAGAUGGCUUCGGUGGCUGCCUGGCUGCCCUUCGCGAGGGCGGCAGCCAUCGGAUGGGUGCCCAUCGCCAACAGUCCCUUACCCGCACCACCCGUGACUCGAGAAGAAGAACGGAAGAAAGAAGACGAGAAAUUUGUGAUCAACGUGAGCGGACGUCGCUUUGAGACGUGGCGGAACACCGUCGAGAGGUAUCCGGACACGUUGCUCGGUUCGAACGAGCGCGAAUUCUUCUACGACGAGGCGUGCAAGGAGUACUUCUUCGACCGCGAUCCGGACAUCUUCCGUCACAUCCUCAACUAUUACCGGACGGGUAAGUUGCACUACCCGAAACACGAAUGCCUGCUCGCUUACGACGACGAGCUUGCCUUUUUCGGCAUCGUGCCGGAUGUGAUUGGGGAUUGCUGCUACGAGGACUACAGGGACAGGAAGAGGGAGAACGCGGAGAGAUUGAUGGACGACAGGAUGUCAGAAGUGGACAAUCAUUUUGACCUGAUACACGCGACCAUGCGACAGAAAAUGUGGCGAGCCUUCGAGAAUCCACACACGGGUACGGCUGCUCUCGUCUUCUACUACGUGACUGGAUUCUUCAUCGCCGUCUCUGUCAUGGCCAAUGUGGUGGAGACGCUACCCUGUGCUUUGGACUACGCAACCGGCGAACGCCGAUCGUGUGGCUCCAACUAUAAGGUGGCUUUCUUCUGCUUGGACACGGCAUGUGUCAUGAUUUUCACAGCUGAGUACCUACUCAGGUUGUACGCUGCCCCCGACCGAUGGAAGUUCAUGCGAAGUGUGAUGUGCAUCAUUGACGUAGUGGCCAUUUUACCCUACUACAUCGGUCUGGGCAUCAAAGACAACGAUGAUGUGUCCGGCGCUUUUGUCACCCUCCGUGUUUUUCGCGUCUUCCGAAUAUUCAAGUUUUCCCGUCAUUCGCAGGGUCUUCGCAUUCUUGGAUACACGUUGAAAAGUUGUGCUUCUGAAUUGGGAUUUCUUGUUUUCUCGCUGGCCAUGGCUAUCAUUAUUUUCGCCACAGUCAUGUUCUAUGCCGAGAAGAACGUUGAGGGAACCACCUUCACAUCCAUUCCGGCCGCCUUUUGGUACACAAUAGUCACCAUGACAACUCUUGGGUACGGAGACAUGGUGCCCGCAACGCCCACAGGGAAGAUAGUUGGUGGCGUUUGCUCCUUGAGUGGAGUACUCGUCAUUGCCCUUCCUGUACCCGUCAUCGUUUCUAACUUCAGUCGCAUCUACCACCAGAACCAGAGAGCAGAUAAGAGAAAAGCGCAGAAGAAGGCUCGCAUGGCCCGCAUUCGCAUCGCCAAAGUGACGAGCGGUGCAGCCUUUGUGACGAAGAAAAAAGCAGCGGAAGCGAGGAUAGCGGCGAAGGAGAGCGGACAAGAUAUCGACGACUUUCCCGAAGAUAUCUUUGAGAUGCAGCACCACCAUCUGCUGAGGUGCCUCGAAAAGACCACGGAUCGCCAAUUCGUAGAAUUGGAGGUGCCCUACAACGGACAACCAAACCGCCCUUCUUCGACGCCGCCCCUAUCUCCUGCCCCUUCCUUCUCCUUCCACGAAAGAAGACUCCUCACAUGCUGCUGUGGAAGGAAGAAGUAUCAAAGCGUGGAUUUGGAAGCCAACGUUUAUCACGCCUCCUACCAUAAGGCCGAUGAAUGCGUCGAAACAUCGUGUGACAAUAUGUGAUCAGGAAGAGGAGAUGAACGCGAUGCCAAGAAAGUCUUCACACGAUUCACGUGAGUUGGUCAAAAUAUCCACACUCUGAAGAACCUUUCUCUGCGCUUCAGAAUAAUCCGCUGGCUCUGUUUGGUCUACUGCGAUCUUCCUUAUUGAAACAAAGAACAAAUUUCCCUCUAUCAAUACCCCCCCUCACAUGUGCCCAAUCAAUAUACUUUUGAUAGAAUUUCAAAAUAUAUGAUUUUCGUGAUAUUUUAAACCUCUAUUGCUUAACAUUAUUUUAAAGACACUUCUUAGUUUGUUUGUUUUUCUAAUAAUAAUAUUUUUGCAUCAAUAAAUGUCAUGAGUGGAAAUUUAAGAAUUUGGUUUUUCCUGUUUAUUGGUUCAGAAAUUAAAAACUAAUGUAUAACAUUCAUUUUACACAAGUUUUUGAAAAGAUAAAGCUAUACGAACACAGGUGAGUUAUUUCUGGAUGAAAUAAAGAAAAAUAUGUAAUAAAUAACAGUAAAAUAUUGAAUAUUUGGAAUUUUAAGCAUUUAUAUUGUACUGAUAUUGAUUAAAGUAACUUAUUAGACUAAUUGUGUUUAAUAGUAAGCAGUUAAUAUUAUCAUAUUUAAAAGUUUUGAGUGAACAAUUGGCAUUAAACUGUUUAAAGCUUAUAGAAAUUUUUUGAUGCUGGGGUAUGAAAUUAUGAGCCAAGUUAAUGAAUGUUUUUCCAAAAUUUAGAAUAAACAAUGAAAGAAUUUGAUUUUUGUGAAGAUUUCAGUCAGUGAGAUUUCUCGUGAUCUUUAAAUUGAAAUCAUUGUAUUGAGCAAUAGAAGUUUAAAAAAGUACAGUUUCCAUGUGCCAGAGUUUCAUUUGGAAAAGAAAAGCAAAAAAAAAUUAUCCUUAUUGCAUGUUUUCUGUGUUCAAUUUACGAUGGUAAAUAUUUAAAACGAACGACUUUCAAGAGUGGCACAGAAAUUUGACAUUCCCAAAUAUGAGGUGCUGCUUUCGAGAGUACUUUUAUAUAAUGAAUUGUGGAUCAUUGGUGAGAGGGAGACACUCGAUAAACAAAUCCUUCUGUCCUUUUUUUCCAGUCGUAUAUCGAAGUGUUCUCCCUAACACACAAAAAUGGUCUU